AUGGCUCCCGUCAAGACCUCCACCACUGCUGCCAAGAAGUCCAAGUUCGUUAUUGACUGUUCCGGUCCUGCCAACGACAAGAUCUUUGAUGCUGCUGCCUUCGAGAAGUACCUUCACGAUCGUAUCAAGGUUGAUGGUCGUACCAACAACCUCGGUGAGGCUGUCACUAUCUCUCGCUCUGCUGACAACAAGAUCACUGUUAUCACCAACAUUCCUUUCUCCAAGCGUUACCUCAAGUACCUCACCAAGAAGUUCUUGAAGAAGAACCAAAUCCGUGAUUGGCUCCGUGUCAUUGCUUCUGAUAAGCAAACCUUCGAGCUCCGUUACUUCAACAUUGCCAAUGAUGAAGAGAACGAGGAUGACGAGUAA